AUGCUGGAGAGCAAAACAUUUAUGCAGGUACUGUCGAGAGACAUCCUGGCACGACAAGGGAGUUACCUGGUGGCUUCCAGCGCCUGCACGCACCUACAGCCGCCCCUAAAGUCCCCCCAAAGUACCCAGCUGUACCGCCACCUCUGCCUUCCCGGGUACAAACAUCCCUCCAAAGUACUUGCCAAAAGGCGCGAGUCAAUUUUUAUCCGACGACCCCACGAUCAUUCGCGACCCGCAACAGCUCUUCCCUCUCCCGAAAACCAUCACAUCGCCAUCCGGCUCGCAGUCGCUGCAAUGGCUACCUCUACAAAGUUUAUGCGCGAGUACAAACUCGUCGUUGUUGGUGGCGGUGGCGUCGGUAAAUCAUGCCUCACCAUCCAAUUGAUUCAGAGCCACUUCGUCGACGAGUACGACCCUACCAUUGAAGAUUCCUAUCGCAAGCAGUGUGUUAUUGACGAUGAGGUCGCCCUUCUCGAUGUUCUCGAUACUGCUGGCCAAGAAGAGUAUAGUGCCAUGCGAGAGCAGUAUAUGCGCACAGGCGAAGGUUUUCUGCUCGUCUACUCCAUCACAUCCCGCCAGAGUUUUGAGGAAAUCACCACAUUCCAGCAACAAAUCUUGAGAGUCAAGGACAAGGACUACUUCCCCAUGGUUGUCGUUGGCAACAAGUGCGAUCUCGAGGGCGAGCGCGAGGUCUUCAGACAUGAGGGUGAGGCCCUGGCCAGAUCAUUCAACUGCAAGUUCAUCGAGACCUCCGCCAAGUCGAGAAUCAACGUCGACCAGGCCUUCUACGACAUUGUUCGUGAGAUUCGCCGCUUCAACCGCGAAAUGCAGGGCUACUCUACUGGCAGCGGAGGCGGGUCCGGCCUCAAUGGUCCUCCUAAGCAGAUGGAUAUGGACGACGGCGGACGCGAGGCCGGCUGCUGCUCCAAGUGCGUCAUCAUGUGA